CUGCUCACUACCGUCUAAUAACAACAAUAGCAGAAGAAGAACAACGGGAAGUAGGCACAUUUAAACCGGAGAACAGGCGGUCAAAUGGAUCUACUGGGAUGAUAAUAACUGGUUAAAUUAUGCAUAUGUGACAUUUUAAGUCAGCAGAAGCAGUGUUUUGUUUUUUAAUUGUUGCAACCAGCGUCAGGAAACACCGCGGGGUUAUGACCAAGAAGAUGUGUGCAAGAUGUGAAGUGUUGACGAAGGCUGCUGAGCAAAGCAGGGACUGAGACCAUAACUUAAAAAACAGAAAGGUUUCGCUUUGGCAUAGAGGAGGAAGCUUUACGUCUCGGUGAGUGCAAGUCUGCGUUUGGCGCAGUUUGUUUUGAUUCCGCACAAAAACAAAAUGGAGGGUAAUAAGCGGUAGUAAGUUGUUUGGUGAAUAUGGACCUGUGCUUUGCUCUUCGUUAUAACCGCGGACUUCAAUGCGAAUAAUUUCAUCAAAGGACUAUCUCUUCUGGACAAAAAAAAAACAUUAAAGACAUUUUUAAAGGACAAGACCCAGUGUGGAGAGCCGUGGAGUAAGGAGUAACAAAGUAGACCCUACCUCAAAACACCGAAUUUGUAACAUUUUAACCUCCAGAAUUAAGCGAUAUUAUUGCCCAUUUAGUUGCAUGCACAUGAGGAGGUGUCACCUACAACCACAUGCAAAGUAAAGAAUUGAUUAGAGGAUAAGUAGGAGGAGGGUCGGGUACCACAACAUGACUGACUCAGAUACAGCAAGUGUUCCCGGUACCUCCGGCCUCAGCAGCGGGGCCGGGCUGGCUUUUAAGGCGGGCAGAGGAACACUCCCUGGGCGGGUCAGGAGCCUGUCCUCCGCUGCUCCACCUGGAAGACUGACAUCCCUCAGAAGCAGAGACCUCACACUGGGAGGAGCUCUCAAGAAACCCAAGAAAACUUUUGAGCCAAACAUCCACACUGUGAGGAAAAGCAAAGACGAGUUAAAGGAGGAGGUCCGUGCGCCUCCAAAAAAGGAGAGAAGAGAGAGGGACGAGAGGAGGAGAGAGAACAGAGGGAGGAGGAGAGAGAGGCCUCCCACCAUACAGUCUCACUCCAUCUUUGAACAGGGCCCUGCAGACACCAUACGCAAAACAGGCUGGCGUGGUGCUGUUGACCCGUACGACUCCACCAGCUCUCCUGUGUGCAAACUGGUGAAGAAGGAGAGGACCGAGUCUGAGGACGAUGAUGAUGAGAUACUUUCCAAACUACAGAGAGAUGAUUUCAUCGAUGAUCCAGGUCUGAGGAACGAACCAAAGCUGAAACCCAUCCAACUGCCCCUCUGUCAGUCCGUCAUAUCCUCGUCAACAUGUCCUGAGAACCCUCCUCUGUUCAGACCUCCGCCCUGCAGAGCUCAGAGUCGGUCAGCCCGCUUGGCAGCAGAGUUUCCCAAACAAGAGCAGCCCUCUCUGGCAGAGUUGCUGCAGGACCUGAGCCUUUCUGGCAGAGAGGAGCUCUUCUUCAUGCAGUUACCGGACUGCAUGCCUGGCAGAGCGUCGGGACAGAAGGGGGACUCUGCACUUGGAUCUACAGUAGAGAAAGCUGCCAAAAAGGAAGGCAAGGCUGAGGACAAGAGGCCUGCAUAUCUACAAGCACAGGAAGCUGCUGGGAAGGAGAGCUGUCCAGUGCUGUCACAGUUCCCAGAGGGGUUUCUGGGUAAGCUGCAGAUCAGGAGGUCGGGGAAGGUGGAGCUGAAGCUGGGAGACGUCGUCAUGGACGUCUCAGAGGGAGCUGCUUUCUCCUUCCUGCAGCAACUGGUGUCAGUGAAUCUGUCUGACGGUCGGACCGGGGACAUGAUGGUGUUGGGGAACGUCAACCACAAGCUGGUUCUAUCUCCGGACUUUCAGGCUCUACUGAGACAAUCUUCAACACAGAAACAACAAGGACCCUGAUUCAUGCCACAAGACUUUACCCCCCCCCCCCCAAAAAAAAAAAAAACCUGCAGACAGCCGACAGAGCUGACGUUACACACUCUGUGAUGUAACCAUUUCUUUAAACGAUGAUGUUGGUACUGAUGCGAUAAAGAUUACUGCACAAACUCAUGAACGUGGAGGGGAAAUGACAGCUAGUCUUAAAUCUGUUGACUUCAACUGUGAGGUUAAUAAGGCAGCUAUGUGACCCUCGGUAUCUCACCUGUUUGAUUAUCUUCACCCUUAAAAUGUUGCCGUUUUGUACGAAAAUCUUAUUAAGCUUUUCAGAGAAGAUAUAUAUUUUAGAACUAUACAAAUUGUGUUUAAUACGUGUUAAAGAGCACUGAUAACCCGCUACCAGAGGUCAGAUUCGUUACUGAGACUCUGUCCCUAUCAGAGACUGUAUAUAAGAAGUGGACGUUACCUAUUUGUUUCAAACGUGAAGCUUAUUUCAGAAGUGCCUUAAACGUGCAUUCAUUUUAUUGGCCAUUAGGGGGCGCCUCAACUGGUUAGAAAAAUAAAUAUUUUUAACUUGUGAAAACUGUUAUCUAAUAAGUUUAUGUUGUCAAUCACUGUUUCCUAUGUCUUCAGUAAAAGUUAAUGAGCGUUUUGUAAAUGAUGGGCGAUGAAGCAGAGUACAUUUUAACGUGUGGUCACUUGUUAUUUACAGCUACCUCAGCGUCCUGUCGACAAGGCGUAGGGGAGACAAAAUUAAUCUGUUUUAUAGAUUCUGUUUCAAAGAAAAAGGUGAAGACAACUAAAUGCUAAGCUCAUGGCUUCAAAAUGGUAAUCCAAAAACAAAGACGAACUCUUCUUAUCUACAGUCUAUGGUCUCUACAGACAGAACAUCAGCCUUCGGUAAUAAUCUGAUUUAAGUUACGCUCUGACCCCUUCAACACUUUUAGAUACCACAUUUUAAAACAAUACAAUCCAUGAUUGACGGUACAAAGAAAUACCAAUGUUUUUUUGCUAAUGCUAAUAUGCGUCCCUAGUCCGUCUACAAACCCCCCAAUUAUGAGAAAAGUCAAUUUUCUCUCUUUCUUUUGCCUGCUCCACUUUUCAGAAAAUAUGUGCUCAAACAGGCCAUUUGGAGAUUUUCCCUUUGUGACAUCACAAAGGGCAGUAACCCCUCCCCCAGGUGGGUGACACUCCCACAGCUAGGUGUUUGUGAAGUGAUCCUCCCCUCUGUACCAUCUUCAGAGAUAGUAACAGGAAGCGAGCCAGCAGGGGGAGUGCAGCACAGUGUGUAUGUGCAUGUCUGACUGUGUGUAAACGUGGAGCUCCCGCUGUGCCCUACUCAAACACAAUGUGAAUUAACAGACUGGGACACCAAUAUUACACCAUUGCGGAAUCAGUCUGAAAAGCACUAUACUGUAUUGGGUGUGUAGGAUUUCUACGUCAGUGGCCGUGGUUUGGAAACAGGUAUCGAUACAAUUUUAACAUGAAUCACAUCAAAGUCUUAAAAUAACUUCUAAUACCAUCCAAACACAACAACACAACCGUUAUCAUGUUACUGAAGUUCCAUUAUUUGUUCCAGCAUAGAAAUGAGCGACUGUGUUUUGUGCUUCAAUAUCCAAAUCCUCACUCGUCUUAGUGUAACAGACUGACGGCGAGAUACCUGAAGCUCCCUUUUAUUCACACUGUAUAUAAAAGUUCGGUUUGUUCAGUGGUUUUGAUGUUUAUUCCUCGACUGCUCAACAACUAACUGCACUGAUGUACAGCUUGAAUUUGUAACUUUUGUAUCAUUUAGCAGACUUCAAUAAAAUGCUAUUUUUAAUA